UUAGUGAAUUUUCAAGUGCAAAGUUGUGAACUCUCUUUUCCCUGUGAUAAUGGCUUCGGGAUUUUCUAAUUUCCAAAUUGAGUGUCUAAAUGCACACAAUGAUCGUCGCGCUGCUCACGGAUCAUCGCCACUCACGCUGAAUGGCGAUUUGUGCCGAUAUGCUCAAGAGUGGGCCAAUCACUUAGCCGCCAAGGGUCAAAUGUUCCACCGAACAAACUCACCGUAUGGGGAGAACAUUUAUUUCUCCUACGGAAUGACAGUGACGGGAAAGACCGCCGUGGAUUCGUGGUAUUCCGAGAUUAAAUCACACGUAUUUCACCGUGAGCCUGCGAGUUUAGCCGCAGGACAUUUCACUCAAGUCGUGUGGACAGGCAGCCGUCAAUUGGGCGUUGGAGUGGCGACCGUUUCCGGGAAAACUUUCGUCGUGGCAAAUUAUGAUCCACCAGGAAAUUUCAUCGGAAAAUUCGCCCAAAGUGUACCACCGCUGAAACUUUAAUUAGAGCUAAUUAUAUAUAGUUUAAACAUGGAAGAGAUUUUCCAAAAUGUGAUUUUCAAUAAAU